AUGAUAGAAUUCCGGUAUAUUGCAGCAACGAUUAUGGUGCUGUUAAGCCUUGGAGACAUAACUCUCAAUGGAAUGGUGAUUUCCAGAAUGUUUCGCGAAAGAGAAGGAUUCAAUAAGAUAUGUGUGAAUAAAUCUGUUGCAAAUGUGCACAUCGCUACGGCAUUCCUCAUAUGGGCUGCUCCCUGUGCUUACCUAAAUGAUUAUUAUCUCCCACAACAAUUUAACGUAUUCUUCGGCCAAAUAGUUGGAUGGGCCCCAUAUUUAAUGUCAGGCCCAUUUACUCAAAUAAGCCUAGCAGUUAACAGAGCAGUUGCAAUUUCAUUUCCUUAUUCGUUUAAUAAACAACACAGAGUUCCCUGGACAAAUAUACUAUUAGGUGGAUUAUGGUGUAUUGCAAUUUUGAUGUCACUUCCCGCAAUGAUAGAUGGCUGUAGUUACAUAUUCUUUGUUGAUAGUGUAUCAUGGAGUCCGACAGACACAGUUUGCUCAAGAACUUUGUCGGAAUAUGUGACCAACCUAGUCCUAGUAAUGGCUAUAAUUUCAUUCUCAAUAAAUGUUUCGAGUAUUGUAAAAAUAGUAAGAUCCGCGAUUGGAUUGAGUGCAGUUAUGGAUCAAAACGUGUCAGAGUCAAGAAAACGGAAAAGAAGAAAGAUGUUCAUUCAGUGUGUAAUACAAGAUUGUACUCAUACUACCGAUUGUAUGUUGAAUACAUAUGUCUACACGUUCUAUGCUGCUCAAUGGUUUCAGUUUAUUUGUGGAGCGGUAUCCGCGUUGUCUGUAACAACGCUUGACGGAUUAUUGAUGUCCAUAUUUCAUCAAAAGUCGACUACUCCCAGCCAAUCUCGCGAUCCGCCAUCGAAAUCUCAUACAAUUAGUCAAUUUCGAAUUAGAGCAGUAAGCAGGGUUUCCACAACAAUUAUGACGACGACCACACUUUAAAGAAUUUGUCACAUAAUUCGUUAUCAUUGAUAUUAUAAAUUCACUGACUAACAACGAAUCGUACUCUCAUGAUUCAACUUUUUUCUGAUAAUAAAACUUUCUUCGGUUGAAA